AUGAACAAUGACCCCAAGCACACCAAAGAGGUGGCAAAAUGGCUUAAGGACAACAAAGUCAAGCGUCGGGCAGGGAUUCCUCUGUCCAGGAAGCUGUGCUAUGCCGGGGGAGGUGUGCCAUAUCAGAUUACUACUGCUGCCAUUGGCUUCUCCUUACAUAUUUUCCUGCUAAAUGUUGUACAGAUCGAGGCCUUCUAUGUUUCUCUGAUCCUGUUUGUGAGUCGGGCCUGGGAUGCUGUAACAGACCCACUGGUGGGGUACUUGGUGAGCCGCAGUAGCUUGACACCCAUUGGCAAACUCAUGCCAUGGGUGGUUCUCGCUAUGCCUUUUGGGGUCCUCUCCUAUGUCCUGCUGUGGUUCAUGCCCCAAGGCUCCAUGUCUCAAGCCUUCAGUGUUCCCUGGUACCUCACAGCAAGCUGCCUGUUUGAGACCCUCAUGACUUGUUUUAAUGUGCCCUAUCUUUCGCUGAGCAUGUUUUUGGGUGGAGACCAGAGAGACCGAGAAUCUACCACAGCCUACAGGAUGAGUGUGGAAUUGCUGGCGAUGCUGGUGGCCUCAGCAAUUCAGGGUCAGGUUGUGGCUGUAUACAACACAGAGAGGGCUGCAGCCUGUCAACAGCUUGACACCCCUGCGCCACAGACAGUUACACAACAGGCCACGCGUAAGGCUUUCCUGACCUCAGCGCUGGUCAUAGGCAGGCUGUUCUUCCUCUGCUGCCUGGUCCUCUUCUUGGGGAUGAAGGAGCAGCAGGCUCCCCUCUAUAGUCUGGCAAGAGUGCGUCUGUCCUAUCUCACCACUCUAAAGAUGUUAGUGUGCCACAUUCCUUACCAACGACUGGUCCUUGGCCUCCUCUUUGCUGCACUUGCCUUUCAGAUGUCUUUGGGGAAUUUUGCACUGUUCUGUACCCAUGUAGCUGGGCUUGGGGCCCAGUUCCAACACCUUCUCCUGGCUCUGCUGAUAACAGCCAUUACAGCUGUUCCACUGUGGCAGGCAAUCCUGGUACGAGUUGGGAAAAAGACCACACUCUUCAUCGGCCUAUCUCUCUUCAUCCCAGCUGUAACAAUCAUAGCUUGUGUACCCAAUAACCUGCCUGUCUUUGUGACCAUGUGUGUGAUGUUAGGAUUCAGCUUGGCAACCAUGUUCCUGCUGCCUUGGUCCAUGCUCCCGGAUAUGGUAGAUUACUUUGCCUUGAGAAACCCCUGCUGCGAGGACCUGGAGCCCCUGUUUUUCUCCUGCCAUGCCUUCUGCAGUAAGCUGGGGGGAGGUCUGUCUGUUAGAAUCUCAACCAUGACAUUACAGGGAUUAAUUAAGGAAGACAUCCUCUUCUGCAAACCACUGGAAACCAGGACAACAGGACAGCUUUGUGACAUCAAAUGGACUUUGGUGGUCAAGAUGUGUUGGUAUCUGCACUGAUGGCACCAAAGCCAUGACAGGGAGACAUAGUGGAGUGGUAACAAGCGUGCAAGCAGUUGCUCCCAACGCCACUUGAGUACACUGCAGCAUCCACCGAGAGCCUCUUGUUGCCAAAGGAAUACCUGACAGCUUGAAAGACGUUUGGACACUACAGUGAAAAUGGUUAACUUUGUUAAAGCAAGGCCCCUGAACUCUCAUGUAUUCUUCGCUAUGCAGUGAUAUGGGCAGCGACCAUGUAAUGCUUUUACAACAUACAGAAGCUCGCUGGUUAUCAAGGGGCAAAGUAUUGACCAGUCUUUUUUUAAAUUGAGCUUAAAGUUUUCUUUACCGACCAUUAUUUUCACUUGUCUGGCCGCCGCAUGAUGACGAGUUUCUCACACGACUGGCCUAUCUGGGUGAUGGUUUUUCACCUGAAUGAUCUGAAUCUAGGAUUACAGGGACUCUUCACAAAUAUAUUCAAUGUGCGGGACAAAAUUGAGGCUAUGAUUAAGAAGUUGGAGCUCUUCUCUGUCUGCAUUAACAAGGGAAACACUCUCCAUUAUUGUAUGGUUUAUGUCUGCAAAUUAACUCAAGCUUACGGACAAUGUCAAAUGUGAUAUCACGAAGAACCUGAGUGAGUUGGGUGCGCAAUUACGCAGGUACUUUCCCGAAAUGUAUGACACAAACAACUGGAUUCGUUAUCCCUUUCAUGCCCUGCCUCCAGUCCACCAGUCCAAUAUCUGAACAAGAGAGCCUCGUCAAAAUUGCAACAAGCGGUUCUGUGAAAAUUGAAUUUAAUCAGAAGCCACUGCCAGAUUUCUGAAUUGGGCUGCACUCAAAGUAUCCUGCCUUGGCAAGUCAUGCUGUUAAGACACGGAUGCCCUUUGCAACCACAUACCUAUGUGAGAGUGGAUUCUCGGCACUCACUAGCAUGAAAACUAAAGACAGGCACAGACAGUGUGUGGAAAAUUAUUUAAGACUGAGACUUUCUCCAAUACAACCCAACAUUGCAGAGUUAAAUGCAUCCUUUCAAGCACACCCUUCUAAUUAACCUGUGGUGAGUUAUUCACAAUUUUCCAUUAACAAAUAAAGUGUUAUAUGUAAGAUGGCUAAAUAAAGAGCAAAAUUAUUGAUUAUUA